AUGGCACAGCAGGAGUCGAAAGCCGCCGUUGGCGGUAUCAGGGGUAUCACCAACGGCCACGGUGGGGCAGGAGCCAAAGCAGGAGCAGGGGCGACUGCUGUGCCGCGUAGCCCAUCCCCCGCCAAGCAGCGGAAGAGCGCGGUGAUCCCCAUGUCGCCGCCGCCCCGCACCCCGGAGAGCGUGAGCAGCACCGCUGUCGUGGAGUCUCCGUCUGCUGGUGGUGGAAUGGUUGAUCGGCGCCAACUCUUCGGCGGCGCCGGCAGUGGCAGCGGCAGCGGCAGCAUGCCGCCGCCCCCGAGCACGCCCAAGUCUAGAGGACGUGGUGGUCGAAGGGCGCAGUCCAAGACUCCAGCGAAGCGCGGGACUCCGAAGGACGUGAAGGUCAUGCGGCAGGGGGGGGACGGGGAAGGAGAGGGAGAGGAAGAGGGGGGGGAGAGCGCUACGCCAAGCAAGAAGAAGAAGACCGAGGCAGCACUGGAGGGGCCAGUGCGUACUCUCUCGAUGACGCCAACCAAGAAGAAGAGAGGGGCCUUCGGGCGAAAGGACGGCACGCCCAUGAAGGCGAGGGUGGACGUGCCUGAGGAGGUUUCCAGGGUCUACGCUAUCGUCGCCAAGGCCACGGGGAACAUCGGGGGGAACGGGAGCGACGGUGCGAUCUACGGAGAGCUCACGGUUGGUGGUAUGCAGAAGGUCGUCAACGUGCUCAAGGAGCAUACGGGUUUCGACGAGAUGUCGAGCUUCAUCGAUGUAGGGGCGGGCCUCGGCAAGCCCAACUUCCACGUGGCUCAAGACCCCGGCGUGGAAAUCUCGUACGGUCUGGAGCUGGAGGUGGUGCGGUGGGAACUCAGCAUCGCUAACCACAGGAUGGUGCUCCAGGACGAAGGCGACAACGGCGUCCACGUCGCCAAGCACAACCUCUUCUUCGCCAGGGGAGACAUCCUCGGCUGCGAGACGUUUGACCCCUUCACCCACGUCUACAUGUUCGACAUCGGUUUCCCUCCGGCAACACUCCACGAGAUCGCCAAGAAGUUCAAUAACUCCAAGGCGCGACAUCUGGUGAGCUACCAGGUCCCCAAGAAGGUUAUCGACGUCUAUGGCUUCGACGUCGACCUAGUCCUUCAGCAGCCGCUUAGCCUCACAGGGUCCGGGGAGGGUCACACGAUGUACCUCUUCAGGCGAAAGAACGUCGAGCCCGGCCUCAAGAUCGAGCGCAUCGACGAGGUGGAUCCGUUCUUCGCCGAGGGCGUGAAGCUGUGCAGGAAUCGGGGAGAGGGCGGCGGUUCCGAGCUUACCGCGCACGUCGAGGGCGCCUUCGAAAGGAACACAUCUGGAGGAGUACGAACGCGCAGGUCGCGACGAGCGAACGCGUAAAUUCUCCCCGCCCGCCUCCUCAU